GCCACAUUGCCUCAUAUUCCACUGCUCAAUGUCCCUUAGAACAAGGAGGAAAUUAUGGCAGCUUAGUUUCCUUAUUAUAAAGUUCUCUCUUUUCUUACUACUUCUCUCCCUCACACUCUUAUUCUCAGUUUUCAUGGAAAAUAAAUAGCCAAACAAGGAAGAUCAGUUUUCUCAAAAAACAGUAUUCUUUGCUGAUAAUUUUAAGGUUUCGUAGAUAAAACUUUUUUGAUCAAUGUCUUUUUAAUUCAAGGAAAGAGAAAAAAGAAAUGGAUAUUGAACUGGUAAAGUGUGAGUGUUGUGGAUUGAAAGAAGAUUGCACGCUGGACUACAUAAGCGAAGUGAAAGCAAAAUUCGAUGGAAAAUGGCUCUGUGGUUUGUGUUCAGAAGCUGUAAGAGAUGAAGUGAACAGAGGGAAAAAACAAUUUGGGAUGGAAGAAGCUGUUAAGGCUCAUAUUGCAUUUUGUCGAAAAUAUAAAUCGAAUCCAGCUAUUCGAGUAGCCGAUGGAAUGAGGCAGAUGCUAAGAAGAAGAUCAGGUGAUAUAUCAUCAUCUCCAUCUUCAUCAAAGAAGUACUCUAGAUCAUCAAGCACAUCCCAAGUAGGAGAUGAUUCCAAGUUUUCUUAUUAUUAAUUUUGGCAAAAAGGGGUGGUUUCAAAAUAGGUGUGAUCAGUCACGAUCAAUCUUCCUUAUCACGACCAGGUCUCCCAAUAACAACCUUUUCAUGGCCAAAUUUUAUCGUCUUUUUUGUAUAGAGAUGUUAUUUCAUUAAUGGCGGUUUCUGUCUUCUUUUCCUUUUUGAUUA